GCGAGCCGAAGAGUCAAGGGGAGCUCAUGCAGCCUUCCCUCCUUCGAGGAUACACACAAAGGUACUUGCACGUGCUCCCGCUCCAGCUCCAGCAUUCCUUUGCGCCAUCUGCACUUACGACGACGACCGCGCAAUCCCACAAAGGCUGAGCCAUGUCGUCGACUGGGCCUUCCGCUCGGCUGCCACGGCCGCACCAGCCACAUCCGGAUUGCAUAUGAUCUCACCUCCUCCGCCGACUCGAUACACGUAGCGUUUAUUCUCCCAUUCAGUCACCCGUUUUUGCCGCUCCACCCGACUCGCCGCAUAGACAACUUGUACAGCAGCCGGACUGGCAACGCAGUACCCAACACGUCGCCCGCAAUGGCAGCCACCGGCCUAACCGCGACGCAAGAAUCCGCCUUUCGCAGGAGUCAGCUCACGCCCUCGCAACGCGAACAACUCCUGAAGCCCUUUCUCCCCGACGAACCCGAUGAACCGUCCAAACUGCUCGCCGCCAAAUCAAAAGCAAAGGCCCGCGCGACGUACAAAUCAUCUGCCCCGAAACGUUAUGGGCCCGUCAAGACGGCGCUGCACUUCUUCAUCUACCACACCAUUGCGCUGCUGUUCUCCGUCUUCUUCCGCUUUCGCCGCGCCUACCGUCUCGUCAGGGGCAAGAUUGUCGAGCUGCUCAAGUACCACCACCGCACGCCCGAGUUCAUUGCGCACGAUGUGAAGAAUUUGGAGAAGCUGCCCAAGCACCUGAGCGUCAUUGUGGACUACCAGGAGGACGACGAACACCAGGGGACAGCAGGGCUGGAAGGUCUGGUGAACGAUGUGUGUGAGAUAGCAGCUUGGGCGGCGAGCGCAGGCAUCCCCUUUUUGAGCGUCUAUGAGCGUACAGGCGCGCUCAAAAACUACCUCCCCCAAACACACUCCAGCAUCUGGGCCACGCUCGAAGCCUACUUCGGCCCGCGCCGCAAGCCCACACUCUCUCUGCGCGCCCCCCAUCUGAACACCUACUCGCCGCCCAACACACCCCCGCAGACCGCAGGCCUAAGCGGCGAGGAUCCAUUGGAAGAACGCCAGCAUCUUACUGUGCUUCUGCUCUCCGAGCACGACGGCCGCGAUACUAUCGUCGACCUGACACGCACGCUUGCUGAGAUGGCGCAAAAAGGUGACGUGCAACAGGAGCAGAUCAACGCCGAUCUGAUCGAUGCCCAGUUGAGCGACCAUGUCUCCAGCGAGCCGGAUUUGUUGAUCCUAUUCAGUCCAACUGUGCAGCUAAAGGGUUACCCGCCAUGGCAGUUGAGGCUGACGGAGAUCUUCCACCUCCCAGAUAACAAGGGCGUCAACUAUCAGGUCUUUCUCCGCGCGCUUUACAACUUUGCAAAGGUUGAGAUGCGUCUUGGGAGGUAGAAUUUAUAUUCUGUGUCCUGCUUGUUUCCAUAUCUUACCAAUACCCAUUCCAUAAUACUUUCUUGCCAAUGCAACGCAUGGGCCUUGUACCAUGUCCAAAACUGCUACAUGAGUGAGAUGUUGGAAUAGAAUGAAGUCAAGAAAAUAGGAGAGAUGAGUCGUCACACCGCAGCAAGAUGGUGUGGAGGUAUCUUUGAUGUAGUUAAAUGGUGCUAUGUACACCAUAUCUUCAUGCCCGCCGUGAUCGCUUUUGUGCGUCACAGCCAUCAAGGGUAAUGCACCUAACACCUGGAUUCGUUGUAGGUCAUCAAGUACAUCGUCCACCCCACA